GGGGGCGGUGCCCAAGCCGCGGCCCGCCCUGAGGCCUCGCCCGCUUAGCACUCGCUAGCUCCUAGUCCGCUGCAGCACCCGCCUGACCGGGCCAUGUCGACUGAGCCCGAACUCAUUGAACUGCGCGAGCUGGCACCGUCUGGGCGCACCGGGCCUGGCCGUACCCGGCUGGAGCGUGCCAACGCUCUGCGCAUCGCGCCCGGCACAGCCCGCAAUCCGUCCCAGCAGCACGUCCCGGGUCGCGGCCACCGCUUCCAGCCUGCAGGACCCGCCACGCACACGUGGUGCGACCUCUGUGGAGACUUCAUCUGGGGCGUCGUGCGCAAGGGCCUACAGUGCGCGCACUGCAAGUUCACCUGCCAUUACCGUUGCCGUGCGCUCGUCUGCCUGGACUGCUGCGGGCCCCGAGACCUGGGCUGGGACCCCGCACUGGAGCGGGACACGAACGUGGAUGAGCCUGUAGAGCGGGAGACCCCUGAUCUUUCUCAAGCUGAGACUGAGCAAAAAAUCAAGGAUUACAAUGGCCAGAUCAACAGCAAUCUCUUCAUGAGCCUGAACAAGGACGGCUCCUACACAGGCUUCAUCAAGGUUCAGCUGAAACUGGUACGUCCUGUCUCAGUGCCUUCCAGCAAGAAACCUCCUUCCUUACAGGACGCCCGGCGGGGCACAGGGCGGAGCACAGCCGUGAAGCGCCGUACCUCCUUUUACUUGCCUAAGGAUGCUGUCAAGCACCUGCAUGUUCUGUCUCGAACACGGGCUCGUGAGGUCAUUGAGGCCCUGCUGCGCAAAUUCAUGGUAGUGGAUGAUCCUCGAAAGUUUGCGCUCUUCGAACGAACUGAACGUCAUGGUCAAGUAUACUUCCGGAAACUAUCGGGUGAUGAGCAGCCAUUGAAGCUCCGGCUUCUUGCGGGGCCCAGUGAGAAGGCCCUGAGCUUUGUCUUGAAGGAGAAUGACUCCGGGGAGGUGGAUUGGGAUGCCUUCAGUAUGCCUGAACUGCACAAUUUCCUGCGCAUCCUGCAGCGGGAAGAAGAAGAACACCUCCGCCAGAUCCUGCAGAAGUAUUCUCGUUGCCGCCAGAAGAUCCAGGAGGCCCUGCAUGCCUGUCCUUUGGGGUGACCUUUUGUAUCCCUGGGUGGCAGGAGGAGAAUUGGCAAUGCAAAGAGCGUGCCGUGUGAGUGUGACAGGGCCUGUGGGGCCUGAGGAAUGAGUGUGCGUGGAGGUGGUCCUCUGCUAAAGGGAGUGAGCCCAGAGAACAGUUAAGGUGGUGGCCCUUUGGGAUGGCAGGGCCUGGCUUUGCAUCCCUCACCCCUUAUGUACUGGGUCAUACUCUGGGUAGCUGCUUUAGGGUCCAUCAGGGUCUCAGCUGUGAGAAUCUUAGGGACUCUACAGACAGAGCAAGGUUGUGUUUGCAGGGGUGAGGACUGUUAUCUAUGGAGAAGGAUUGUUUUGGGUCGUGAAUGAGUCUCAGGAUAGCCCUAUCGGGGCCAGGGGUAGCUGCUCAGAAUAAUACAGGCACUAUUGUAGAGUCUGGGUUUCCCUUACAGUGCCUUCUGACUUCCACCCUGGGGUCAGGGGGGCCUGGCCAGUGCGCCUGAAGUGCAUCAGUGCCUCCUCUAAGGGAGAUGUUGCUGGACCAGACCCACUUCUUGUAUGCCAAAGCCAGAGUCUCCCUCAGAUAUUUUUGAUGGAAGCGUAUGAAUGUAUGUAAUGUUCUGUGGCCUCAACUGAAUGCCUCCUGUGGGGAAAGGGAUGAGGGUGUGACAGUCAUCAUCAGGGCCUGAGGCCUGAGAGAAUUGGCUGAAUAAAUAUUUAAGAAUUUU